AUGAAUCUGACCCAUCAUCACAAGGGUUUUCAGGUUCAGUUGUUGCUAGGUGGUGAGAGCAAGGGUAGACAGCUGAGAGAAUGGAGGGGUAGGAAGGACGUUGUGGUUGCAACACCGGGCCGCUUGUUGGACUUGUUGAACUCGGAGGAUAGCGUGAGGGAUGCCAUCCAGCAUGCCAAACUGCUUAUUCUUGAUGAGGCCGAUACCUUGCUGGACAUGGGUUUCAAGGCAGAUAUAGAAAUGAUAAAUUCAUAUCUUCCACCGACGCCACAACGGCAGACCUUCCUGUUCUCUGCCACGGUUUCGCGAGCGAUCCAAGAAAUUGCUCGAGACACGCUCUCCCGUUCGCACAAAUUUGUCAAUUGCGUUUCUGUGGAUGACUCGCCGGUUCACGCCCAUAUCCCGCAAUACCACACCGUCAUACCCUCGGGCCAGGAUGCCUUCCCUCAUCUCCUCCGCCUGAUCGCUCAGGACCAGCUUAUCAAACUCGCUUCAGCCGAUAAGCGUGGCAAGUCGGAGCCCAGCAAGGUUAUCGUAUUCUUUAACACGACGAAGAUGGUGCAGCUCUUCUCCGACAUGCUGCGCCAAGCCCAGAGCGCGCUGCCUUUGGCACGUCAGACACGCAUAUACGAGAUCCACUCCAAACGUGACAUGAAGCAGCGGGUGCGGGUGUCAGAUGGUUUCCGCCAUGAUAAAGGUCCAGCGUCGGUGCUUGUCACCUCAGAUGUGUCUGCUCGCGGAGUCGAUUAUCCCGGGGUGACGCGUGUCAUCCAAAUGGGCGUGCCAGCGGGGAGAGACAUCUAUAUCCAUCGUGUGGGUAGGACAGGCCGUGCAGGAAAGACCGAUGGUCGGGGUGACUUGGUGAUCAGCUCAUGGGAGCUUCCGUUCCUCAAACAAAUGGCCGACGUUGGCCUCAAGCCCGUCACCGUGGCGGAAGUGAAGAGAGACGUCGAGGAGCGGGCAGCAGCUGUCGGUGUGUCUUCGCCUCACUUGGCCUCGCUCGACAACCACGCGAUGUCGAUCUCUUCAGCGACCAACGCGCAUGAAAUCUCCGAGGCAUACAUGUCGCAGCUUGGGUUCUUCCUCGGGCACAUUCAAUCACUUGGCCUCGUGCAACCCGAUGUAGUCAACGGUGUAGGCAAGUACUUCCAGGACCUAGGUGCACUGGAGGCGCCGCCGAUGAUGAGUCGGUCCAUGCAGGAGAGGCUGCGACUCGGCUCAGCGAAGUAUGAGAGGAAGGGUCAGGGCAAUAGAGGUGGCUUCGGAGGGAGAGGAAGUUAUGCGGACCGAGAUCGUGAGAGAGGCGCAGGCAACAGGCGACCGGCUUGGGGAACGUAUGCGUCAGGAAAGGAUUUCCGUGGCUUGGGGCGUCACGAGCGCGAGAGGAGUCCUUGGGAGAGCAGAGGCGACUCGGAUCGCUAUGCAGGGUUCUCGAGAAAGGGUCGUGAUGGUGCUCGAAGUAACGAAGGGUAUGGGUUUUCGAAGGACAGGGGAAGCAGGCGCAACGCCCGAUUUGACGAGUACUAA